GUCUAAAAGUUUCAUGAAAAUUAUAAUGUAAAACGUUAUAAAGUUUGAAUAAUAACAAAAAUAAUUUUUAUGAAAUAUAAAUAUUAUUAUAGAAUUUUCAAUUCAACAGCGAUUUCCUUUCUUAUAGGCUUUAUUCAGUGCCCGCUAUAGUACUAUAUAUUAUACUAGACAACGGCGUGUUGUGUAGGGAAAGUAGUGGGAAGUAUAAAUUGACAAUUUAAUUUGUAUUUUUAUGAUGGCUGUUAAAGAAAAAUCUGGAGAAUCUACUGAUGAUAUAGAAUGGAAUGUAGAAAAUGAAAUUAAUCUUUUCUUUGCUAUGAAUGGUCAUAAGCCAGUUGGUAUUAAUAAAUACUUUCAUAUGGUGUGUAUAUGGGAAAAGUUUCGUGGUGCAAUUCAUAAAGACGUGUCAUUGAAAGCAAUUUGGGAUCAUUUAGAAUCAAUGUAUGAUCUUAUGGCUUUGGAUGACAUGGAAGAUUUGCCGUUUCCAAGUCAUGAAAUGGAUUUUUCUCUCCCUGAAUCAGAAUAUUUAGGGUCAUUGAAAUUAAGAAAAAAAGAAGAACCAGAAAGCAAAUUAAAAGAACAAAGAGAUAAAUAUAAAGAAAUAAAAAAGGAAAAAGAUAUAAGGGAGUCAUUUAAAAAAGAAACUAUGUUACGUGAUAUCAAAGGUAACAAAGAUCUUGAAAAAAAGAAGGAAGAUAUAAAAAAAUAUGUUAAGGAAAUAGAUUUAAAAAAAGAUAAGCUAAGAGAUAUGAAAGAUUCAAGGAAAGAACAUAAACUUUCUAAAGGCAGAUCUAAAGGGAAAGAUGAAUUAGAAGAGAUUGCAUCAAAUGGAAAAAAAGAACGUAAGGAUUCUGACUCUAGCCGUGAGAGUUUGAAAAGAGGUCCAAAAAGACCAACUAGACAAAGUGUGGAUAGUUCGUCUAAAGCUUCCCCCAGUCCACGUGAUACACCACCGUUGAAACGUCGAAGAAUAUAACAAUAUAUAUUUUUAUAAGAUCAGUUAAGUAUAAGAUAAAAAUGGCUCUAUUUCUUCUUAUUUUUAAGUUUAAGAUACGUUUUAAUCGUAAUUGUAUUUAAAUAAUUUUUUAUAAAUUUUGUCUAAAUUGUCAUUUAAUUUUUCUAGAAAUUAAGAUUUUUUAUAUUUAAGUUAGUUUGUAAAAAUAGACUAUCUUCAUUUUUCUUUAUAACAAAUGUAUUUAUACUUAUAAGAAAGUUUUGAUAUGUGUACUGUAAAUAUAUUAAUACCUUGUUAGUAAA